CCAAACAAGACGGAAGAAUAAAGAACAGAAGGAUCAUCUACCCGCUGAAAAUCCAGUCUUUCUUUCCCUUCAACCGUUUUCUUCUUUGGGUUCCCUCCACAAUGCGAACCAUGGUAAUCAACUUGCGCCACCUCCCAUCUCCGCCCUGCAUCGCCGCCUCCAAUCUCCACCACCACUUCUCAACUUCUUCUUGUUCACCGUCCACCUCUUUUUCUUCUUCUUCCACUACCUUCCUCUGCCGCACUAAGCGCUUCCACUUCCUGUCCCCUUGCUCGUCCCUGAAGCAGACGCGGAAGAAGCCGCAGCAGCAGAAGAAUGGAGCUCCUCCUCAGAGCUUGCGGUGGUUCUUGAGCCCCAAGGGGGACGAUGAAGACGAGGGAGGAGGUGGGAAGAAGGUUGUUAAGGGCGACGGCGGGGACGGAGGAGGAGGUGGGUUGGAAGGGGAUACGGCGAUGAAAGGGACGAUUCUUGCUGGGAUUUUGCUUGUGGGAGUCGUUGGUGGGUUCGGGACUGUUGGGUAUGUUUACAGGGAUCAAAUCAAUGCGUUCUUGAAUCAGUUCUCUGGGUUUAUUGAAGGCUAUGGAACAGCCGGAUAUGCUUUGUUUGUGGCAGUAUAUGCAGGCUUGGAGAUUCUUGCAAUUCCGGCAAUCCCAUUGACGAUGUCGGCUGGUCUUCUUUUCGGACCUCUUGUUGGCACCAUCAUAGUCUCAAUAAGUGGAACAGUUGCAGCAAGUAUUGCUUUUCUAAUUGCUAGGUAUUUUGCGCGCGAGAGAAUCCUAAAACUUGUUGAAGGAAAUAAGAAGUUUCUUGCAAUCGACAAGGCAAUUGGCGAAAAUGGCUUCAGAGUAGUCACGCUUCUUCGAUUGAGCCCUUUGCUCCCAUUCUCCCUCGGAAAUUACUUGUAUGGAUUGACAUCAGUCAAGUUCGUGCCGUAUGUUAUGGGGAGCUGGCUCGGGAUGCUUCCAGGCACAUGGGCCUACGUGAGUGCUGGUGCAUUUGGCCGCGCUAUAAUUGUUUCUUUUGCCUAUUUUCAGCAAGAAGAAUCUGAGAUUGGGUUGACUGGAGGAGGAAAUUACGGUCAGCUAUUGACACUUGGGCUGGGAUUGCUUGCAACAGCAUUUGCUGCAGCUUAUGUAACACGGCUCGCCAAGGAUGCUGUGAAAGACAUUGACGAAUGACAUUACACUGUCAAGAGUUGCUGCAGAGGAGAUCGAGUAAGGAGGAUGAAUGAAAUUAGACAGUUAAAGAGUUGCUGCAGAAGAUAGAUGGGAAGUUGUGAAUCACAACUGAUACCUUCCCUGAAUAUCCAUGUAAAGAUCGCAAUUGUAUAAUUUUGGUUCCUUAUAGCUUUCAGUGAAAGGAGUAGUUAAAUGAACGGCCAAUUUGUGUAAAUGAGAGUUCACAUUUGGUUCCAUAUCUCAUAACCCUUUUCAGUGGGGAAACAGGAGGGUACUGACCCACAAUCUCCUCUGACGAAACACUCAACAUACGAACAAUGCUCGAGGCAAGGAUAAUAGGAUGCUUGAAAACAUGAUAUAAUGUUGAAAUGUUGGAUGGAUUCUAACAGGUUUUUCACUUUUUCACCUUGCAAGAGAAUUGAAAUAAAUGAUAUAUACAGGUUGCACUAUUCCGAA